GGUCGACUCGGAUUGGGUCCCAGAUAACUGAUACUCGUUUUCGGCGUCGUCACCACCGGAAUUCAUUAUCUUUCGUUUACUAACGUGCGGUAGCUGGAGCAGGUGGAGAUGGAGGCGAAGCUGGUGUUCGCCAUCAACGGAGAGCGAUUCGAGCUCGCCAAGGUCCAUCCCUCGACCACGUUGCUGGAGUUCUUGCGGACGCAGACUCCGUUCACAGGGGCCAAGCUUGGGUGCGGCGAGGGUGGGUGUGGAGCUUGCGUUGUUCUUCUCUCUACAUAUGAUCCAGUUAGCGAUCAAGUCAAAGAAUUCAGUGUCAGCUCGUGCUUGACGCUUCUCUGCAGCAUCAAUUUCUGCUCGGUUACCACCUCCGAGGGACUUGGGAACAGCAAGGAUGGCUUUCAUUCGAUUCAUCAGAGGUUUGCAGGCUUCCAUGCGUCCCAGUGCGGCUUCUGCACUCCUGGCAUGUGCAUGUCGCUCUUUGCGGCCCUCACCAACGCCGACAAGAGCAGCAGGCCUGAACCUCCCAACGGGUUUUCAAAGAUUAGAAAAUCCGAAGCCGAGAAGGCUGUCGCAGGCAAUCUUUGCCGAUGCACGGGCUAUCGACCCAUUGCAGACGCUUGCAAGAGCUUUGCGGUCGAUGUGGAUUUAGAGGAUUUGGGUCUGAACACAUUCUGGAAGAAAGGGGUAGAAGACGCCGACAUCAAUAGACUGCCUCGUUACAGCAGAAGUGCAAUCUCUACAUUUCCUGAUUUUUUGAAAUCUGAGAUCAAAUCUUUACUGGGUAGUUUAGAGAAUUCAAAGGAUUUUGGCUUUCCAGAGUGCCAUUGGUAUCGACCUUCUGGAAUUGAAGAACUCUAUGCGCUUUUGGAUUCCAAUGAAUUCGAUGAAAGCCGUGUGAAAUUGGUCGUUGGUAACACAGGGUCUGGUGUUUACAAGGAAAAAGACCUGUGUGAUAAGUAUAUUGAUCUCAAAGGGAUACCAGAACUCUCCGUGAUCAAGAGGGAUGACAGCGGGAUUGUGUUUGGAGCUGCUGUACCAAUUUCCAGAGCCAUUGAAGAGCUGAAUAAGGGAAAAGAAAGAAUGUUCCAAUCCAAAGAAAGUUUAGUCUUCGCUAAGAUUGCUGAACAUAUGGAUAAGGUGGCUACGCCAUUUGUUAGAAAUAUGGCAAGCUUGGGUGGCAACCUUAUUAUGGCACAAAGAAAUCAAUUCGCGUCAGAUGUUGCUACCAUUCUUCUUGCUACUGGAUCUACUGUGUGUCUUCAGAUGCCUUCGAAAAGGCUUACUCUUUCCCUGGAGGAAUUUUUACAAGGACCUCCAUGUGAUGACAGAACCAUACUUUUAAGCAUACAUAUUCCUUGUUGGAGUUCCACAAUGGGGUCAUGUUCUGAAACAAAUCAACACACUAUUUCUGCAUCUACAAGUGAGCCCAGCAUCCUGUUUGAGACUUACCGAGCAGCUCCACGCCCUCUCGGGAAUGCUGUUUCUUAUCUGAACUCAGCUUUCUUGGCUAAUGUUAGCAUGGAUAAGAACUCUGGGGAUUCUGUUAUGCUUGAUCUAAACUUGGCUUAUGGUGCUUAUGGCGGUGAACAUGCUAUCAGGGCAAGGGAAGUUGAGAACUUUCUGAUUGGUAAAGUUCUCACGACCUCAGUUUUACUUGAAGCUACAAAAAUACUUCGGAAAACUAUUAUUCCAAAAGAAGACAUUCCUCAUUCAAACUAUAGAUCAAGUCUGGCAGUUGGUUUCCUAUUCAAGUUUCUAGGACCAUUGGCUAAAGAGUUGUGUGUGUCUGAGAAACACUCGCAUGCUGAUACUUCUGGUGUUUUCGAACUUACUGGACAUCCUGAUGGCAAAAUCAAUGGAACUGCUGAUACAUUAGUUCAGAGGGAAUCAAACUGUACACUAACCAGUAGCCUUGAUGACAUCUUAUCUUCAAGGCAGUCAAUCCAAUUUAGCAAGGACUACUAUCCUGUUGGUGAGCCUAUCAAGAAAGCUGGAGCUGAAAUUCAAGCCUCUGGUGAAGCAAGAUAUGUGGAUGAUAUUCCUUCUCCAAAAGAUUGUCUGUAUGGAGCAUUUGUAUACAGCACAAGGGCUUUGGCUUACAUAAAAGGAGUCCAAUUUAACUCUACGCCGUCAUCACAGAAAGUCAUUGCAUAUAUCAGUGCCGGGGAUAUUCCAAAAGGAGGCCAAAACAUUGGACUCGAUUGUCUGGAUUUAACAGAAGUUUUACUUGCCAACUCUCUGACAGAGUAUGCUGGUCAGGCACUUGGCAUUGUGAUUGCAGAAACACAGAAACUUGCUAAUAUGGCAGCUAAACAAGCAACAGUGAAGUAUAGCACUGAGAACCUGGAACCUCCCAUUUUAUCAGUUGAAGAUGCUGUUAAAAGAUCUAGUUUUUUUGAAAUUCCUCCCUUUUUUCGUCCUCAGAAGGUUGGCGAUUCCUCCAAUGGCAUGGCAGAAGCUGAUCAGAAGAUUCAUGCAGCUGAGGUGAAACUUAGUUCUCAGUAUUACUUUUACAUGGAAACACAAUCAGUUCUUGCCAUACCAGAGGAAGAUAACUGUAUUCUGGUCUACAGUUCAAGCCAGUGUCCUGAGGUUGCACAAAAGACGAUUGCCAAAUGUCUUGGCAUACCAUUUCACAAUGUCCGUGUGAUUACAAAAAGAGUUGGGGGAGGUUUUGGUGGGAAAGCUGUACGGUCAGUGCCGGUUGCAACUGCAUGUGCUCUUGCAGCAUUCAAAUUGCGGCGCCCUGUUAAGAUGUAUCUUGACCGCCAGACGGACAUGGUGAUGACGGGCGGCCGACAUCCUAUGAAGAUAAACUACGAUGUUGGUUUCAAGUCUGAUGGAAAAAUUACAGCCUUGCAUGUAGAUAUACUAAUCAAUGCAGGCAUAACAAAUGAUAUUAGUCCAAUCAUUCCACUUAACACUGUAACAGCACUAAAGAAGUACAACUGGGGUGCUCUUUCUUUUGAUAUCAAGCUUUGCAAGACUAAUGUCUCAACAAAAUCAGCCAUGCGAGGACCAGGAGAAGUACAGGGAUCAUAUAUCGCCGAAGCCAUUAUCCAAGAUGUAGCAUCCUUCCUCUCCAAGGAUAGUCAUUCUGUUAGAAAGAAAAAUCUCCACACGUACGACAGUCUCAAGCUAUUUUAUCCAGUCAGUGCCGGUGAUGUGCUGGAAUAUACUCUACCUUCCAUAGUUGAUGAUUUGACUUCAUCUGCAAGAUAUUUUGAACGACUUGAAAAGGUACAGCUUUUCAAUGACUUCAAUAAAUGGAGAAAACGAGGAAUUUCUUGGGUGCCAGUUAUAUACCAAGUUACGCAAAUGCCAACACCAGGGAAAGUAUCUAUUCUCAAUGAUGGAUCAAUUGUCAUUGAAGUUGGAGGGAUUGAAUUAGGUCAGGGGCUGUGGACAAAGGUUAAGCAAAUGGCAGCAUUUGCCCUUGGACAAUUAUGGGAUGAUGGAAGCCAAAAUCUUCUGGAUAAAGUGAGGGUCGUUCAGGCAGAUACACUGAGUUUAAUUCAAGGAGGCAUAACUUCUGGGAGUACCACAUCAGAAUCAAGCUGCGCAGCAAUUAGUGAGUCCUGCAAAAUUCUAGCUGAUAGACUGAAGCCUGUUAAGGAAAAUUUAGAAGCACAAAUGGGCUCAGUUUCAUGGGAUAAUCUGAUUGUCCAGGUUGCUAGGCAAUCUGUUAACUUGUCAGCGCAUGCUUACUGGGUUCCUGAAAGAACUUCUAGUAUUUAUCUUAACUAUGGAGCUGCCAUGAGUGAGGUGGAGAUCGAUGUUCUUACUGGAGCUACUACAAUUAUGAGGACAGACCUCAUUUAUGAUUGUGGGCAGAGUUUAAACCCUGCAGUGGAUUUGGGACAGAUUGAAGGUGCUUUUGUUCAAGGAAUCGGUUUCUUUAUGUGUGAGGAGUAUGUUGUAAAUGGCGAUGGACUAGCAGUUUCAGACGGAACUUGGACAUACAAGAUCCCGAGUCUUGACAUCGUUCCGAAGCAGUUCAAUAUCAAAGUGUUGAAAAGUGGAUUUCAUGAGAGGCGUAUUCUAUCCUCAAAAGCUUCUGGGGAGCCACCUUUACUUCUUGCUGCUUCAGUUCAUUCUGCAAUCAGCGAAGCUAUAAAGGCUGCUCGACUCGAGUUCCUUGCUAUCAACAAACUUGAUGGAUCCCCCUCAUUCUUUAAGUUGGAGGUACCCGCAAUCAUGCCGGUGGUGAAGGAGCUUUGUGGACUUGACAACGUGGAGAAGUACUUGGAAAACAUAGUGUCUGCUCAACGAGUGGAAGCUUAAUUAACAAGGGCAAUUCUUGUGUCGAUGUAGUAUCGAAGAUUAAACGAGGUAAAGGAGUUGCUGUGAUCUCACAACAUGGACUGUAUUUCGAUAAUGCAUGGAUGCCAAAAACUAAGAUGGGUAAAACUAAAACAUGCCCCCAAAAUAAUGUAAACAUGUUGAUGAGGCCGAAAUGCAGCCCCACGUGUCUCAUAUGGUUAAAAGUUA